CCCAGCUCGUGGAUUUUUAGAUGGCUUUUUGGUUUUCAUCUUUAUAAAUAGUUUUGUUUUGAACCCCUUUGGGUUUAUCUUUAUUUUUUCUAAGUACUGUGAACCAGAAUUGCUGGGCCAUUGGACAUGCUUGUGUUCAGUGUUUACUAUUGUAACCUGGUACCCUCCAAAUUGGUGUAGUCAUUGUCAAUUUUGCUAGUGAUUAUUUAUUCUUUUUCCUUCUUCUCCAUAGGGUUUACUAGCAUUGGGCAUCAGUAAGUCUGUUCAGACACCAGAUCCUACUCAUCCGUAUGGAUUUUCAAAUAUGCGCUAUAUUUCUUCACUAAUUAGUGGUGUUGGUAUUUUCAUGAUGGGUGCAGGACUGUCUUGGUACCAUGGAGUCAUGGGAUUGCUUCAUCCUCAACCAAUGGAAUCCCUUCUAUGGGCAUAUUGUAUUUUAGCAGGAUCACUAGUAUCUGAAGGAGCAACACUUCUUGUUGCCAUAAAUGAACUUCGUAGGAGUGCUCAGGCCAAAGGAUUGUCAUUUUAUAAGUAUGUAAUGGAAAGUCGUGACCCUAGUACAAAUGUCAUAUUAUUAGAGGAUACUGCCGCAGUGUUGGGAGUGGUCAUAGCAGCCACUUGCAUGGGCCUUACUUCUCUAACAGGAAAUCCAUUGUAUGAUAGCCUGGGUUCUUUGGGUGUGGGCACCUUAUUAGGUGUGGUCUCAGCAUUCCUCAUCUACACUAACACAGAAGCACUCUUGGGACGAUCCAUCCAACCAGAACAAGUACAACGGCUUACUGAGCUCCUGGAGAAUGACCCAUCAGUAAGGUCAGCUUUAUUCCACUGAUGCUCUUCAGGCUUGUGAAAGCAGACA